AUCCACUCUUCCUCCUCCUCCUCCGCCGCCGCCGCGGCGCAACGGCGGAACCCUGGUUUUGUUUUAUUACGCCAUGUCCUCCGCCACCCUACCGUGACUCGCUGCCACCGUGCCCUGACCCGUGACCGGGGGAAGAGGAAAUGAAAAUUCAAACUGGGAGCAAUGACCAUUUCAUUUCCUCUCUCCUCCCUUUCCAAUGGUGUGAUGCCCUGGAGCGUGUCCCUCUACCCGCCUCUCUCGUUAACCCAACCCACACCCCUACCAAUGUCGGCUCCUCCUCCUCCUCCUCCUCCUCCCCCUCCCCCUCCCCCUUCUCAGCUUCUUCUCCUCCAAUCCCUUGCGUCGCCCGCUUUCUGAAUCACGUCCCCCGGUAACUUCCAUGAGGCUCUCCGCCGCCAGAACGGCGCCGGUACUCCCCCCCAGCACCCGUUCCUUAGCCUCUCUCUUCUCCGACCCCCGGCCACGCCCCCGCCGGUCUCCGCCGCCAAAGCAGCUCCAGCCCUCUGCUCCUAAUCAGGACCUGCUCAAAUCACUAUCCUCUGUCCUCUCCGACCCAUCCCUCAAUUCUUCCAAAUGCAAAUCCCUGCUCGGGUGUCUGUCCCCGCAUUCGUUCGAUGGCCUGUUCCUCGCCGCCCGAGCCAAUGCCAACCCGAAAACAACCUUGAACUUCUUCUACUUCGCGUCGAGAUCAUUUAAGUUCCAGUUCACGUUCAUUUCCUACUGUAUCUUGAUCCAUCUGCUCAUUUCGUCUAAUCUCUUGCAGCCCGCAAGGCUGCUCUUUAUCCGCCUGCUCGAUGGGAAGCUGCCAGUGCUGCCUGUCUCGGGCGGGGCCAACCACGUCGAGGUAGCUCUUGCAUUGGCAGAUUUAAACUCUUUGUCUGAGCCCGUCCCUACCAUUCAUGCAGUGGACAUGUUUAUACAUGUUUGUUGCUCUCAGUUUAAGAAUUCUGGUUCAAAAUUCGCGAUUGAUGCUUUUAAGGCCCUGGCUGGUCGGAGCUUGUUUCCCUCCCUGAGGACUUGCAGUUUUUUGUUGGGCUUCUUGACUAAGGCCAAUGAGCUCGAGAUGUGCUAUGAAGUUUUUGAGACUCUGUCUCGCAAUGUUCCUAUGGAUCUUCAGCUGUAUAGUGCUGCCAUUAAUGCUUAUUGCAAGGGAGGCAAGGUGGAGGUUGCCCUCGGGUUGUUCUCGAAUAUGGAGGAGUCAGGAGUCCCUCCGAAUGUCAUUACUUAUAAUAAUAUCAUGGAUGGUCUUUGCAAGAAUGGCAGGUUACAUGAGGCAUUGGUGCUGAAGGAGAAGAUGGUGAAAGCCUCCGUGAGUCCAAGCCUCAUAACCUACACCAUUCUCAUUAAUGGUUUAGUGAAGCUAGAGAAGUUUGAUGAGGCGAAUAGAGUUCUCAUGGAAUUGUGUGAGAGAGGAUUCAUCUUAAAUGAGGUUGUAUACAACACUUUUAUUAGCGGGUACUGUAAAGCAGGGAGAAUUAGUGAAGCACUAAUGACAAGGGACAAUAUGGUAUCUAAGGGUUUAAAACCCAAUAAAGUUACCCUGAAUACCCUAAUUCAAGGAUAUGUUAAAAAUAAUCAGAACGAGCAAGCUGAGCUUCUUUUGGAUGAGAUGCUAUCGAACGGGUUGGAUAUAAACCGCGGUUCCUACAGUUCAGUGAUUCAUUGGCUAUGCACCAAUUCGAAGUUCGAUCGUGCUCUGAAUCUUGUUAAGGAGAUGCUUUUGAGAAAUCUGAGGCCCAAUGAUGCCUUGUUGACCACAUUGGUGGGUGGAUUAUGUAAGAAUGGGAAGAGUUCAGAUGCCACCGAACUUUGGUUCUCUCUAUUAGGCAAGGGAUUCAAACCCGAUACAGCUACCUCAAAUGCUCUAAUAUAUGGUCUUUUUGAAGCUGGAAACUCCAAAGAGGCUGCUGGUCUUUUCAGGGAAAUGCUGCAAAGGGAUUUGGGUUUUGAUAAGCUCACGUACAACACCCUCAUUUUUGGUUUUUGUAGGGAAGGGAAAGUUAGUGAAGGCUUAAAACUCAGGAAAAAGAUGCUUAAGAGAGGCUUGCAACCAGACAUAUAUACAAACAAUCUGCUAUUGCAUGGACUAUGCACUGCAGGAGAUAUGGAGAAAGCCAAAAUCUUUUGGGACACAUGGAAAAGAGAAGGUAUGAUUUCAAAUGUUAUUACUUAUGGCAUCAUGAUAGAUGGGUACUGCAAGGCUGAUAAAGUUGAAGAGGCUGAGAAUCUUUUCAACAAGUUGGUCAAUAUGGAAGGGGAACCAAGUGCCGUUGUUUAUAAUUCCCUAAUUCGAGGACAUUGUAUGAAAGGAAAUAUUGCAGCAGGUUUGAAACUCUAUGAUGAGAUGAGAGAAAAGGGAAUUCCACCUACUGUUACGACAUACUCUUCUCUCAUGCAUGGAAUGUGCAAAAUUGGCGCUGUUGAGAGGGCAAAAGAUGUUCUUGCUAGGAUGCGAGCAGAGGGCUUGGAACCAAAUACAAUCUGUUAUACCACGGUCAUUCAAGGUCAUUGUCAGAUUGGUCAGAUGGAUGAGGCUGAGAAUUUGUUACUUGACAUGUCUUUGCAGGGAAUUCAGCCUAAUAAGAUUACCUACACUAUAAUGAUUGAUGGGUAUUCUAAAUUGGGUAAAUUGGAAAAAGCCACUAAGCUUCUCGAAGAGAUGGUCAAAAGUGGAAUAGCUCCAGAUGCUGUUACUUAUAAUGCCUUGAUGAAUGGGUUCUCCAAAGAAGGAAAGGUGGAUGGAGCUUUUGGAACUUGUGAUCUCAUGUCCAGCAAAGGAGUCUCAUUGGACGAGAUCACAUACAUAACCCUGAUCAAAGGGUGGAGUGAACAGUCAGCUGCUGCUAGUCAAGCAUAAUGAUGGAGCUUUUGAGGAAAUUCCAGUUCUUGAUUCUGGAGGCAAGUUACUCUUACUUGAAAAUUCACAGCACCUGCAUCAUUCUUCUCCUCGUGUGAACGUUUUGAUGCCUUAAGAACCUUAUACAAGUAUGACCAUGGUAGGGAGCAUGAGUUAGCCAUUAGCAAUGCAAGCAAGGUGAACAUGACUUUGGAUAGUGCUGUGGAGGACGAAAAUGAAUCUCAUCCAAAUUUGUAGCGGACCACAAUUGAAAAUGGUCCUCCUGAUUCACUACUUGAUGGAUAAAGAAUUUUGACACAGACUUGCUGCGUCAACAUAAUGCCAACCAAGCAUUCUUAAAGACCUUGGCGGCUUUUACAGUGUGAAUAUGGACCAGCCCUCUGUCACCCCCUCCGUCGUCUAGCUUGUGAGGACGAAUCCCGUCUCGGGGUUGUUGUGCACUGAUCUGAUUGUGCGGCCAUUUGAUUUUCUCUAGUCGGCAAUCGACAUGUUUAUCUCUUGCUCGUGUCAUGGCAAUGGUGUCGUGUUUAAAGGCCUUGCUCAAGGUUGACAUGUGGGCUCUUCGGGCUGUAUGCAUCAGCUGUCCAGGAUGAUGAGAAGCUUUUCAUAUUGAACAAGCAGCUGGUGAAGGAGCUGAGGACUGUAGGCAAGUUCUUAUCUGAUAAUGCACUCAUCCCGGGAUUGAGAUAAGACCCACUAUUCUGCUAAUGGAGCAGAUCUGUCCAAGCAAAGUGCAACAAAAACAAAGAGGUUAUCUUCCUACAUCUCGUUGAAGUUGGAACUGACCUCAUUGGGACCCAAUGAGCCACUACCAAUAGUUUGGUCAUUGCACAUUAAAAACCUGGCUAGAAGGUGGCAGGCAGAAUCAUCGUCAAGGAAAUCUAAGUGGCCAUUUUGCAGGCCUUCCACUAAAUGCAGUUGAUUACUGCCGAGGGGUCAGGAAAAUGGAAGAUGGAGAGAGGAGGAUAAUAAAUCAGGGAAAGUUCCACUCUUGCACUUCGAGCCAACUGCUGCUGACAAAGAUGCUCAUCUCACUGUAGUGGAUGCAUUCGGGUCAGAUAUUUCCCUGAUUGUGGUGGAUCACCAGCAUACAUUAUUACGCAUUAUUUGUUUGUGGCAGGCAAGGACCCUUUGAUCUAGCAACACUUUUCCUGGGUCCAAUCAUAAAUGAAGAAAGCUUUUACUCUCUUCUGGGACAUAUAUUUCGUCUGGGAUUUGAACUGUCUCAGGAGCUGCCUGUCGCUCGUUCUGAAAGCUAUGAGACGCGUUUGAAUGGCAAAGGUGAAAGGAGCAAUCGUGUCACUCGGCUCGCGAAAGCUAUAUGAGAUAAUUUGUAUCAGGAAGCUCGUGUGUCUGGUUGGAAUUGGAUCCUUAUUAAUGGGAUCCAAGACUCUGAAUUUCAUUUUUCCUUUUUUUUUCUUGGGGGGGAAACCUUGACAUGAACAUAUUCAUUGCAAAUGUAGUGGGGGGUGUCACUUUGAAGGAACACGUAUUGAAAGGUCUGGUCUAUGCGUCUCUCGUGAUAGACAUCUCAUCACUAACAACGGUGCAGCUCUUCUCACUUUUUCUUCUCUUUUCUAUCUUAAAUUAUUUUGAUUGAUUCUUG